UAGACGGCAGCCUCAUCUCCUUCAGGUCCCAUUAAUGCAUCCAACGGCGUAGGCAUGCUACAACGUCGGUCCACAUCAGCCUUAAAUUCUUGGAGGAGUUAUAUAACAUCCUGGCCUCGUGUUGAAGACGUCGACUUUCGCGCUCAUCUUUCGUCAAUCUGAACAUAAUAGUUGUCUGUUCCAAAUAGAACAUUAACAUUCUCCCCACAAUCAUGACCCCUCAGCCAGACACCACCUCUAAGAAAAUCACCAGGGCCAGUAAGCCGAAGACGAGAACCGGAUGUAGGACAUGCAAAAUACGUCGAGUCAAAUGUGACGAAGGCAAGCCUGUUUGUAAUCGAUGCGUAAAGUUUGGGGUAAAAUGUGAUGGAUACGCCAAGCCCAAUAAAACGACAUCACUGCCCCCCAUCAGAAUCAUCAUUCCUAGAGGAUCGGCCUAUUUUGAACCCAUCAUCUACCAGCCGAGGGUCACGAUAUUCCAGGAUCAAAAAGAACUGCGAUAUUUCCAAUAUUUUCGAGAAGGUAUCGCUCCGCAUUUAGCGGGAUCAUUCGAAUCGGACCUUUGGAGCCAUCUAGUCUUGCAAGCUUGCGAGAUAGAUGAUUCCAUUCGCCACGCCAUCAUUGCGAUUGCCGCAUUGAAGUCGACAGCAAAUGCUGCGUUUGGAUGCAACAGCAGACCUCCUAGGGGAAGUGAAGGUGCUUCAAACCACCAAGAAUUCGCUCUCCAUCAAUAUCAAAAGGCUCUCCAGUCUAUGAGGAAGGCAUCCGUUGGAGGGACGCAAGAUCUUAGAACUACUUUGAUUACCUGCAUCGUUAUCAUAUGUUUCGAAUCAUUUGCCGGGAAUUUUGGGACUGCUGUGAAACAGGCUGUCGUCGGGCUUAAUCUAGUCGAGAAGCAUUUGUUAGAUAAACCAACAAGUCCUCAAAAUAUUAGCGUUGAGAAAGAGAUAAUCAAUGCAUUCGGUCGGAUCGACAUUCAAGCCAUGGCAUUCUUGGAUCCCAGAUAUCCUAAAAGAUUUCUGCCUCCUUCGGACCAAUUCAAGGUGGUAGCUCAGGUACCACGUGAAUUUACCUCGCUAAAUGAUGCCCGAGACUCGCUCAUUGCGACGAUGCAGAGAGUCCUGCAAUUCACAUCAGCUAUGUUCCCGGAAACAUUUCAUUACUCAGGCUUUUUGAGGUUGGAUUUUAUGAUAUCCAUACCACGCGAGCAUGUUCAUAGGAAAUUCAAGCACCUUGCAGAACUUCAUGCCUGGAGGGCAGCGUUCUCGCGGAUUCUCGAAAGCUCCCUCACAACAAAAACUUCCAACGAUCGAUUCUGUGCUGCGUCUCUCGAGUUGAUGUACCUUGCUGGAUAUGUUACAACCUUCAUGAUGCGGACUUACGAUGGCAAGACCCCGGACACCAAGAUUCUUAUGCCAGAGUUUGAGCAGAUGAUAACCUUGUCCGAGGAGCUGCUCAAGCAUCCCAACAUGAGCCAACCAAACUCCACUUAUAUGUUCGAGAUGCACACCAUAUGUCCUUUAUACGCCAUUUCAUGGUAUUGCCCCCACCGUACUCUGCGACGGAAAGCGAUUGAAUUACUUCAGACACCAGCUCGUCGAGAGGCUCUAUGGGACAGUGUGAUGGUUGGGAAGCUCGCAGAAUGGAUCAUGGAUCUAGAGGACGAUAACUACGAAGGCGACUUUGCACCCGAGAACAUACGCUGCACCCGUGGAGAUAUUUUAGGCUACAAUCUGGUCACACGUGAGGCCGAGGUACGAUGUUUCAUGCCAGUCCCCGGUAAAGUAGCGCUGGUUGAUCGGACGACAAUUCUCAAGUUCUGAGCUACCAUAUGAUGACAUCAAAUCACCACUCAUGCAGCACAGUUCUGCUGUUUUGGAAUGGCAGAAACUACACACGAAAGGUCGACCUCUGAGAUGUACAGUUACAGAGACAGAUAGAUGCUCCCUCGUCAACCUUUUAUUGCCCUAAAACUUCUCAGCAGCCGGCCGCAAGUCCAAUUCAUGAGUCCAGAGCUCCGGCUCCUGUUGAGAAAGCCACAAAUACGUCUUUCCAACAGCAUCUGCACUCAUCUUCUUCCCGAUUCUCUGAUCCUCGCCAUUUUUGUCCUCAAUCGCACCAUUGGCAAUAGUAUGGACGACAUGAAUGCCCUUGGCACUCAUCUCCCUCGCCAAAGUCUGCGCUAACUGUCUGACACUGGACCUCCCCGCUCCGUACGCUGCAAACUCUGCACUGCAUCUCAACGCACCCAGCGUCCCAGUGAAAAUUAGAGUCCCCUUUUUCUCCCAUGUCUCAGAAAGUGGCGCCUCGCCGUGGUGUUCAAAAAACAUUUUCAGCGACUCCUGGGCGAACGUGAAAGCUCCUCCCACAUAUUGCUCCAGACUUUCCGUGAACUCUUCAUACGUUUCGUUCAUGAAGGGUUUCUUGCUGGAGUGCUUGACGGAAUAAACAGCCACCUUUAGCUUCAGGUCUUUGAAUGAGGAGUGUGACUUAAUAGAUUGGAAGGCCUGUUUAAGAUUGUCGGGUGAGGUGUCGGUGGGGAAUGUCUCGACUAUGCUGCCUGGAGAGGUUUCUUUGAGGUUGGAUCGUACGCUGUUGAGACCUUCUUGGCGACGAGCGAGGAGGGCUACGGCGAGGUUGCCAUGCUUUGGGUGUGAGAGGAUUCUGGCGAUGCCGGUUCCCUGGGAGGAGAGUUAGCAUUCUCGAGCUGCUUCGGCUUGAUGAGACGACGAGGAGAGUGGACGUGAUGAGGAGUCAAAUAUGGCUCAAAACGUAUUCUGUUCCAUUGAGACAUGGUCUCAUUCAAUGAAAAAACAUAACCGAAAUUCUGUAUGAUAGAGGUGAGAAUAAAUCCACUUACAGUGUUUGGACCGGCUCCAAUAAUGAUUGCAAGGCCAGAGGGAGGCAUGUUGAUGAUUGGAUGUUUUCUAGAUUUGAUGCUUUCUAAACGUAUGGUUGGAAGUAAUAAUAAAGAAAACCUCAAUCUCGAGCAUCAAUACCUCUUCACAAUCUUCUCCAAAUCUGAUGGCUCCUUGUUCCUCGCUCCCUCUACGUCAGU